CUUUUUGUAUUUUGCUUUUCUUUUCCACAACAGUAAUCUAAAUGACUGUAAUGCAUUUCAGGUUUGCUUUAGAUUACAGCCUGUAAAUUACUGGAUAAUUAUUUAUACACACAGUAUCAGUAAAAUACUUAUUGGCUACGACAAAUGUUAGGGAAUAAGGGGGUGUUUGUGCAUUUUGUGUUUAAGAAUGACGUAGAAAUAAAAGUAUUUUUUUUUUAAUUUUCAGUACCUAUUAAGUAAUUGCAGGGUACAGUUAUGUUUUUAUUGAGUAACAGGGUACAAUGGGGUAACAGCGUUGGUAUAGAAAUAAAAUAAAAUAAUGAUUUAUUUUAAAAUUAUGAUGUAUAGUAUUUACAAAAAAGGACAUACUAUAAAAUACCUUAUAGUUUUAUAGGUUAUGGAUUUUUUUAAAUUAUAAUUAAAUACUAAUAUAUUAUGGCUGUAAGAAACUGUUGCAUUGUUCACACCUUUUUCACUGCAAUUAGUGACAGUAUAUAUUCAAGUUUAUUAUUAAAUGCCCUUUUCAUGACAUAGCUGUUGUGAAAGAACCUGUUGUAAUUACUCAAUAUAUACCAGGUAAAUAAAAAUAUCCUACAGUAUACGUACAGAAGUAUAACUUGUAGGCUGAAAUCGUAAGCAUUACUGCAUUUUAUAAUAAACUGUAUAUUAACAACUAUAGACAUUGUUUUGUAUCACAUGUUGUGGCCUGUGCACAGUUUCUACGAAGCCUGUUUGUUUAGGAGGGCGUUGUGUUUGUGUGUGUUCUGCUGUGACGUAAGGAGUCUCACUGAGACCCUUGAGUUGUCACCCCCUCCCUAAUUUUAGACAACUUGUGCUUCCAGUCUGGCAGUCAGCAGGGACAGCACAUGACUUUAAGCCUGUGUUGUCUUACAAAGCAUUGGUCAUGCUUGUCCACCCCCAAGCCCAGCUGAACCAAUGAGAUUAAAGUACCGCAUGUGAGAGGGGUUGAAUUAAGGAUCAAAACACAGAAGAAAUAGUGCUUCUGACAGUUUGUCAAAAGUGGUGUACUGGAUUUAAAAAAAACAAAACAGAGACUUGGUUGAAAAGGAAUUGUGAAGACAGAAGAACUAGGUGUUGUGUUUCAGAUUCCUUUUGAAAAUGCGGCUGAGGCCUAAAUCAAUUUAAUCUCAAGAGUGACAUUUGGACUUUGACUGAUUGCCGCUCACCACAUCUGGUCAAACAUGGGUCGCUACCUCAACACCAACUUGUGUUCAAGUUCUGUGAACAAGACUUUGAGAUCAUACUGCAAAAUUAGGUACCUAAUGAGCCUUCUCAGAAAGUGCCCUCGUCUUUCCAAAGCACCUCUCAGCCUGGACCUCCACAGAUAUUCACUGCUGUCACCGCAUCCUCAUACGUCCAGAUUCACAAGAAAAGCUACUUUUAAAAAUUUAAACCACAGCGAUACUGGCUCUACCUCUGACCACUUCCUCAGACAUAUCACCAAAGAACUACAACAUCUCCAGGUGGUGCGUUUUUACUCGUCCUCCAAUAGAAAUACAUUCAAACCUGAAGCUCCAAUUGGGAUCUUUGAGGAGGCUCAGAACAGUUUUCUUUUUAGUUCACUGGGAGGACGCCUUGGUCAGUCAUUUAAUAGAUUGUCCAGACACAUUAACAUUUAUUUUAAGAGAAAGGAUGUUGCACCUCUGGCUGAAAACGCCAGCUUUGUUGUCACAACUCCAGAAUAUCUUGGCAGGUCACAGAGGCGUAGUCACAGUCAACGGGUGGCCAGAGAGCGAAAUAUAUCCGAGGGCAAAGACACAAAGCAGACCUUGAAGUACAAAGACAAACCGGAGAGCUCAGGAAUAAGUCCUUCAACACAGGACAACUCUGGACUGCAACUCUUUCACAUCAGCUCUUUGGCGACAACAUUCGGAGAGAGCUACAGUUACGUUGCUGGUCACAUUAACUCAGUCUUCUCACGCGGUUUUGCAAAAGUUCAAAUGCAGGAGGAUUUGGAAACCAUGUCGUCCACCAGAGGGAAAAGCAAGAAGCAGACGAAGAGAAAAAUGCUUAACACUUAUAUCAUAAAGUCUAAAGAAGCUGACGUGUCCCAAGUAAAAUUGGGUGCCGAUCAGGCAACAGUGGAACCUAACAAUAUCUCCAGCAGCUGGGAGGAGGGCUACCUCCACUUUGCAAGACACAUCAAUAAAUACUUUGGUGCCAAGGUUACCGAAGAGGUUGACCAAGAUCCGAAUAAGAGAGAACAACUCCCUGUGGGAAAGAACAGCCACUUUUCAACACAGUCUAGCUCACAAACUCAAGGUCCCAUGUCCCAACUGAAGCAAGACAAACCUAUCACCCAUGGAACUGGAGGUCUUUUCCACAGCAGCCCUAAUACGACUGACUUUGGGGAGAACCAUUUCCAAAUGGUGGGUCACAUCAAUCAGUAUUUCAAGGGUCAAAGUGAUUUGGAUGAGGACAUAGAUGAAAAUCUCCUAUCAGAGAUAGACCCUGGAUCUGCUACCUCUGAUAAACCGAAGCCUGCAUCCUUUAUGGACUACCUUCGCUACCCCACAAGCGCCAUCCCUGACUUGCUGGGUGCUUAUCUAAACCUGGGCCCCUUGACCCAGACUGGUAAGCCAAAACCUGCCAUGACUUCACCAGAGGCAAUGCUGAAGAAAAAGCUUGUCUGGAGUCGGAGGGAGGCAGAGGAAAUGACACAGCGGCUGAUUGUUACUCUGUCACAGGCUUCGUCCCCAGAAGCUCUGACUGCCUGCGUGGAGGCACUCAAUGAACACCUCAUCCAUUACCCAUCAUGCAAAGCUAUCAUGUGGCAGGAGAAAACUGCAGUCACGUUGUUGAGAAAGCGACGAACCUGCAGAGAUAACCAGGUGCUUCAGAGCGCCUUAAGAGAGAGCUUGGCUCUGAUCGGCUACGUGGAUCCAGUCAAAGGUCGUGGCAUUAGAGUGCUCUCAAUUGAUGGUGGUGGCACAAGAGGUGUGGUGCCUUUGCAGGUAUUAAAGCUACUGGAAGCUGAGACAGGCAGGAAAAUCCACCAGCUGUUUGACUACAUCUGUGGAGUGAGCACAGGUGCCGUUCUAGCCUUCAUGCUGGGUCUGGCCCAUUUUUCUCUGGAGGAGUGUGCUGACAUGUAUCGACGUUUUGGCUCAGAAGUGUUUCAGCAGAACCCGCUGGUUGGCACCGUGAAGAUGGGCUGGAAUCACUCUUACUACAGCACUGAGACCUGGGAGACAAUACUACGAGAAAAGAUGGGAAAUAGAGUACUUAUCAAAACAGCCGGAGAUGAGUUAAGUCCCAAGGUUUCAGCAGUCAGUGCAGUGGUAAACUGGGGCACCAGCCCAAAGGCCUUCGUCUUCCGCAACUACAACCACAAACCAGGCUCUCUCAGCCGCUACGCAGGAGGCUCAGUCUGCCAGAUGUGGCAGGCCGUGCGAGCAUCAUCAGCUGCCCCAGGAUACUUCGAGGAGUUCCCCUUACAAAGUGACAUUCACCAGGAUGGAGGAAUUAUCCUGAACAAUCCCUGUGCCUUGGCUGUCCAUGAGAGCCGUCUAUUGUGGCCCAACCAGCACUUCCAGUGUGUGCUGUCCCUUGGCACCGGUCGCUAUGACAAUGCCAAGAAGGGACCUGCCACUUCUACCAGCCUGAGGGCCAAAAUCAGCAACCUGAUCUGCAGUGCUACUGACACUGAAGGGGUCCACACCCUUUUGGACGAUCUGCUGGCUCCAGACGUCUACUUCCGAUUCAACCCCAUGCUGAGUGCUGUGGUGUCCCUGGAUGAGAGCCGGCCACGGGCCAUGGCCCAGCUGCAGAGAGACACCCAGAACUACCUGGAGAGAAACCGGCCUAAACUGGCCCGGCUCUGUUUGGUGCUCGGGGCGGAGCGCUCAGCUGCUUGCAGAACUAAGGACUGGAUGAGUGAGCGGGCCUGGGAGAUGAAGCAGAGAUGGGUGUGAGUAGGUAGGCUACAGUGGGUAUGUCUACAUGAAGACCCCAUAGGCUACCCCAUGCACAGACGCACACCUAUACAGGCUGUGGACAAAACAACAGAAACAUCUUAAAAUAGGCCUACAACAACCACCCUGAUGUACUGAUGCACCUUGGUUUGUUGGAAAUGUGUCCUCUUUAGCUACGCUAGCGCCGUGGCUCUAUGGAUGGCAAUGUCAGUCAGUCAGUUUGUCCACCACUUUGGUCCAGACUGAUUUAUCUCAACAACUAUUGGAUAGAUUGUCAUUCAAUUUUAUACAAACAUUCAUGGUCUCUAGAAGAUGAAACCCAUUGACUUUGGUGAUCGCCUGGUGAUUUCAUUUAGCGCAACCGUGAGGGGAUUUGGAGUGAAAUAUCUCGUCAACUGUUGAAUGGAUUGCCCUAAAAGACCUCAGAAUGAAUUGCAUUCACUUUAGUGAUCCCUUCAGGUCAAAAUGUGUAUUUGAGUUAGCAUUUUAGCACUUCCGGUUCCCUCAUCUGGAAGUAAAUGGUUUUUUUUAAUGGCUUUUUAGUUAGAUGCCUGAAAUAAGGUCUGUGGUUAACACAAAUUUAAGAGAUUGUAACGUUUUGUUCUGCAACUUCGUUAAAUUUGUCAGUAAAUAUCCCACUCGUGAAUUUUGAAGCCUUUAUGUGUUUUAAAAAAGGCGGUUGCUAACAAGUGGCUAAUCAUGCAACCGUGGAGUAGUUAGUUUAUAGCCUA